GAUUUCCUACGUCACUGGCUAUCGUCCUCGGGCGACGAGCGAGUGUGGUGCAGGCUUCGGCGAGGCGCUGAGUUGGCGGGGAUCUACAACCAAGCCACUGUGCCAGGUCUGAAGCAAGUGUUAGGCAGCCUGUGGACCGAAGCUGACAAAUAUUGCACACCAUCGGAAGUUUUGCAUCAACUAACUGACGGCGUUCUGAAAGAAGACUCCCGCUUCCACGAGAUCCGGCAGAUGCUUCAGCAGUGCCAUCUGCGCGAACUGUGCCAGGGAACAGUGCUGUUCGAUGCCUUGACGCAUGUAGACAGGUUUAGGACUGCUCAGUCCGGAGCGUUGAUGUGCUUUCUUCUACUCUCCAUGGAGAAGGCGUCCACGAUCUUCUGCUGUACGCACUCCGACUGCCCCAUCGUGCAUUACGACUCGCACUGCUAUGACCUUCAGGACCUUAGCACGUCCGCUACCACCCUUGCCUCUUCAGGUGCCGAGCUUCUGGAUCACCUCACUACACGACCGGAUGCUAUGUACAAGGCCAACGCGGCCGCGAGCUUGUGGGUCCUUUCGCGUCCCUGGUCGCAGCAGUGCUGUGCUGCUCCAUCUGUGGCUGCUCUUCGUGGUUGCCUAACCGAGAACGCCGGCGCAAGGGUCAGCGCACAGCUGUCCGUCAAGACAGAGGCUGCGCCGUCAGCCGUGGUAGGCCAGGAGGUCUUUGCUCGGGCCAUGGGGACGCAGAUCAUCUCGCUCGAGCAACCAGUCACUCCACCACCGAAACCCAAAGCCACGCCCGAAACGGCACAAAAAGACAAUGCACCUCGCAGGCCUGUCAAGGUCGAACCGUCGUCACAGCCUCUUCCGGUCAAACUGGAGCCUUCGGACCCUCAACCUCGGCAACUGGUUCUGGUGGACGAUGACAACGAGCCGGCCGCUGCGCCCAAGCUGCCCAGCAGACGAGUCCGCAAAGCCCAGAAACAGGAGCGGUUGGCGGGCAGGAGCGAACUGGAUGUUUUGGGUAUCGACUACCACAACGUCUUCGGCCCGAAGCAUAAGUUCGUCAUGCCAAAGAACCAUUGGAAGGACUUCUGUCGAGCCGUGUCCCUUGGCAAGGAGGUGGAAUGCCCCAUCUGCACAGAGCUCCGAAGGCAGGCUCGCACGAAGCAGGAGCCAGCUGCGGAUGAGGACACGGGCACUGGGGUUGCGGAGAUCACUGACAUUGUUGCUGCGGAGGCGCCGGGCGUGUCUGCAGCCACGAAGGCUUUUCAGGAGAGAUUCCAGCGGCUUCGUGAGGAGGAAGGCAUGCUUGCUAUCAAGAAGGGUCGCCGUCCCAAGUCCGGCGGCCCAGUGCCUCUGCACGAGAACCUCUGGGAAUGGUUGAAGGUUCGACGACCCGAGCAGUACACCUCAUUCGGAGGGCAUAAGAUCCAGCUGCAGUGCGAGCUCUGCAAGGAGAAGUUCCAUGCCAUGCGACCAAACACCAUCUACUUUGUCCUGCAACAUGAGGCACAGUCUCUGCAUUGGGAGGCUCAGCGGCAGCAGCAGCGACCUCAGUGCGAGGGCCUGCGGCUGGAGCAUUGCAAUCCAGUGGAGAGGACCUUCGCGCAUGAUGUAGCCCAGUGCUUCCUCUUGUGGGCUCAGCAUGAUUGCCCUUGGCAUAUGCAGCAGUACCAGGCGAAGUGCAUCGUGGGAGAGGAUGGCAUUGUCGUUGUGCGUUCUGCGAAGUGCACGAAGCAGAAGCAGACUGUGGCGCCUGGCUGCAGUGCCUGUCGGUCAUGUAUGGGACUCUGCAGGACAGCAGACUUCUGUAGCAAAGUGGCCACAUGGGCCUACCGUAUCGAUAUGGCCAAGUUCGUUGCGGCAAUCUUCUUGGAGAACGACGUGGAGAUCUCGAGGCUAAUGGAGUCCAUGACAGAGGCCAGCUGGCAAAAAUUCCAUCCCACGGAGAUGGAGUCCCUGAGAGACAUGCGGUACGCCGACCUCUAUGAUGCGCUCCAGAAUCUGCUGGUGAAGAUCCCCAACUCCCUCCGCAACCAGGCAAUGCAGCGCUUUAUGAUCACGCACUUCGAUUGGUUGCCACGACAGAUCGCAAAGCCACAGCUGGACAAGUCGUCAACGGGGCAGGCCUUGGAUUAUGUCGACAUCUUGCUCAGGGCCAAGUCCGUCAAGGCAUCGCAAGGCAACGAUGCACGUCUGUGUCAGCAAAUCCUGUCUGGAGCAUUAGAUGGGAAUGCAGUGGCACGGGCGAUGGUGACGGGAAUUCUGCACAAAGCCGAGAAGGUGAGCCAGGGCAAAAGCCGUGUCUGCACGUCCUCUCUUCCAGGUAUCGAGCCGUCUGCUAUCGCCGAGGUCGGCUUCGCUCUUUCCAGUUGCACACGUCAAGAGUCACUGAUGAAGAUGUUCGGUAUGAUUGCCCCGCAGCAGAAAGGAGUCGAUGUGUGGCAGGAUCAUCUCCCUCUCUUCUUCUCCCCUGCAACGUCCUCUCCGGUGGCCGGUGGCAUCUCGCAGCUUGAGAAGAACGCUCGGCUUGUGCUAUCUAUCUUCGGCCAGCAAUGCCAGGAAACCCGUGAUUAUAUGAUUGCCUUUGAUGAGACAACGUACUGGCCACAGUACAAUCUGCAGGCAUUCCCCGAUCCAAUUGGUAUGGCCUACGUGGGUGGUGCUGAUGACCGGGCUGUGCUCCCUGCCAGCCAACACAGCCCGGGAACCCUGCUGAAGACACAACUAUGCCAAACGUGCGUCUCCUACCUUCUCAAAAGGGCGUCGACUCGCAAAGAGCCGUUUGAUGUAUGCAUGGCUCCGAAACGGCAAAGCUCGGUCAACACACAGUCGGUGAUGGCCUUGACAGGCUCAGUCUGGCAAUCCGUCACAGCCGCGGCCGGCGGCAUUCCGCCGAUUUCCCAGUCCUGCGAUAACCACCCGUCGCAGACUCGCUUCAACGCGCUGUUUUUAGGCCAGCUGAGUGCAGACGAUGUCCGGGGCAUACCCUUCUUCGAGGAGUGUGCUCCUCUGCGGCGUUCCUGCUCGGUGCCCUGCUACAGAUUCAAGAGUCUCACCUUCAGGACUCAUGUUAUCUUUGGUCACAACGACGCCGCGCACACUCAGAAAUGCCUUACCCGAGCUUGGAGAGCCAAGACCAGAACAUUGUACAAUCAGGGCUUGCGUGUAUGCCACCAGAGUCUUCUGCUGCGUGGCCUCCCCACGGCCAGCUUCCGGGGGAAUGAUUCCCAGUCAGAUGUGGAAGCCGCUUGGCUCCUUUGUCCAUCUCUUCUGGACUUGUCUCAGUGGGAUUCGCUGGGCAUCGGCAUGGCCAUGUAUUGCAUCGCGCUGACGACGGGCUGCUGGCUGUCCUCUCAUCGGUUCACGCCACAAGCUCUUCUGGAAAACUCACUCUGUGGGUACUUCCUGCUUCUCUUGGACAUCAAGGAUGCUGCGGCCAAACCUGACCAGUUCUAUCACAGCAUCACCAUCGCCAACCAACUCGCAACCUGCGGACACCUCCUGGAAAGAAUGUUCAAUUGGCCGAAAUCAACGCCUUUCAGGCCGAGUGCCACAAUGGAAGACACCUGCGAGCACCACUUCGGGAAGCUGUCUGCACCAGACAAGAAGAAGAUCAGCGAGUGGUCUGCAAUGAGCGAUGCCGAGGUGGAAGCCAUCAGUCGCCAGGCCUUUGAAACGGUCUGCCAGUUCAAGGCCGUGGUCAGUGUGGGCCGCGAUUGGCAGAGCUAUGCGACAGACCUGGAGACUUGGUGGCAAGUGACUGGGAGGGCGAUGGUUGGCACCAAGCUCAAAACGACGGGCGUGGAAGAUGAUUGCUCCGAGAAUGGAUCCGAUGCUGCAGAUGAGGUGCCUGACGUCACCGAGGUGGAGGUCGAUCAGGGUGCUGACAUUGCCCAGACAUUGGCCUGUCUGGAAAAGGAAGCCGAGACAUUGGAGUGUAUCGAGGCGUCAAUCAAGGAUGCACAGACAGAGAGCAUUACGCAAGCCACGCCGGAUGUCGAUCAGAAUCAGGAGACAGACGACGAGAAGCCUUGCACCCUGAAGCAGAUCCUGGCCAAGAGCGGCUUCGACAAGUACGCUCCGCCACAGCCUGACAGCGAAGACUGCAUGUUGCUGAGGUUACGGAAGCUGCUUCCCGACAUGCUCAAGGUGGUCUGCGAGACGAGGCUUGGCGAAGGUUUCUUGAGGCCUAGUCAGAUCCGCGAGGGCAAGCGUCCACUCUCCGAGUGGAACAGGAUGCAAAAGGAGCUCUCCGAAGCCCAGAGGAGCUUCGGGUUGCGAGGGGUCCGGCAGGGGCGGGCCGCUGCCUGGUGGGGCUUUGCCAAACUGGUGGCCCAGGCUGCUCAGGACGAGGCUUGCAAGUUCGCGGGCUUGGCUGGCCAUGAUGUUGUCUUCUGUGCUCCUGAAAGCUUCCGGCCCAGCAAUGCCCUCAAAAGCGGAGUGGAACCUUUCGAGCGCGACUACCAGAUAUUAGUGGUUCGCUUGCACCAGCUGGGGAGAAACCAUCUAGCGCUGGUGGAGAGGGUUUUCCGUGGAAGUGUGAACCGCAAAGGCGGCACCGGCAACAAGCCUCAUGAAAGCACGCUUCCAGCUCAACAGACAUCGUGCCUCCACGUAUCGCUCUUCGCCGCUGUAGAACCCGAGACGGACGGGAUGUACAAAACAACAGUCCUCUCCCCCGCCGUAGUGAUUCAGCCGCACAACAGCCAGCCCGAGAAGCCCACUGUGCUAUUCGAGGUAUGCCGCCAGCAUUUCGAGACUCGGCCUGUGCAAACCGCGCUGUUAAUGCAACUUUCGCCGGCGGCUCUGGCAGGAAUCAAGUCAAUCAAAGCAGAUACCCUGGCAGUGGCGGCUUCUGAGCAAGGCCACAAACCCGACAACGCCGAGGUUUUUACAGAGUCGUCGUUCAGCAAUACCAAACAAGGCCUCGAGAACAUCGUCAAAUAUAUGAGUCUGCUACCGAAUAUGUUCCAAAAAGUCACUGGUCAGAGUCUGACACUGGACGAUGGGAGAGUGCGACCGCUGAGAAAUCA